CUAACGCGGACCUUGUGGGCAUGCACACGCAGCUUUCGCCGUGCAUUACACUGUUAACUACAUUUUACAGUCAACAUUAAGACCUUCUGGCUGAGGCGUCUUGUCCGUGCGCGUCUCGCGUGUCACAGAAACCCUGAAACCAUGUCGACAGUCUUCUCUUUCCAGACGCAGCUCGUCUCCAUCAUGGACGCGAUAUCCAAAACAGCUGUAAUGGAAAUAAGCAAACUGGUGGAGAUCGAGACGAAGAUGCUGAAAAUAGAGAUAACUCGAGGGCGGAACGAGAUCGCCUCGCUCUCAGAGAAACUGCAGCUGAUGGAGAAAUUGCUUUAUAUCGCACAGGGGGGCAGACAGGACGCGGCAACAUGCCCAGUGUCAAGGAACGGCUCAGCAAACAGAAUAUUGGAGCCUGACAGGACAAGACCUGCCAUAAAAAGUGAGAGCCCAUGGGAAAGCAUAAGUUCCUCCACUGAGAUGAACAGUUUGCAUCAAGGUGAAGAGCAAGCUGCAGCUGAACUUCCAAACACACCAAAAGAACAGCUUGACCUUAUUGUGGUCAAGGAAGAGCCAUCAGAGUUGGACACCGGAGACACUGAACAGGAUUGGACAAGAGAAAACAGAAAGGAAGCAGUCACAGACACUCAGAAGAGCCCAGAUGUGAUGCAGCGUCCCAAGCCCAUCGCAGAACGUCACCAGCCCAUAUUCACUGAUGGCUUUGUGAGCCUGAGCACCCAGUCGUCUCUCGCUGGACCUGGGAGGAGGGAAACACAGUGGAAUCCACAGCUUGCACCAGCACACACAAAUCUAGAGGCUGGGAAAAGCAUUGCUCAAAAUGUUGCCUCCCAAAGCUUAAGCGUGCUCAGAAAUAUGAAGAUUCACAACUUGAGGAACUCAGCUGCGAAGAGGUUCGGCUGCUUGCAGUGUGGCAAGAGCUUCAGAUGCUUUAGUCAGCUUGAAAUACACCAGAGAAGUCACACAGGAGAGAAACCCUUCAGGUGCACGCUGUGUGGAAAGAGAUACGCACAAAAAGGGCAUCUUUAUACACACCAGCGCACACACACUGGGGAGAAGCCGUAUCGCUGUCCUAUUUGUGGAAAGGGUUUUAUUCAGAAAUGCACUCUUGAUAUGCAUCAGCGCACACACACUGGAGAAAAACCUUUUGUUUGCAUCAAAUGUGGCAAGGGUUUUACAAAGAACUGUAAUCUGAAAAAACAUCUGGCAGUACAUUUAGAUCCUAGUUUGAACAUGUAUGGUGGUGAAUCUGGUGCACCAACAUUUAGUGGGACAUUCAUUAACGGAACCCACAUAUUUGAUCAAGGAGCAACGUUGUUACUCGGGGAAUUGCGCCAGAAUUUGGAUACACCGCGUCUCCCCAUCGAGAUGAUGUGCGACACCACAAAUCGGAGUUUUCGGACGCAGUUAGCCGCUAUAUUGGACAAAGUAACGAAGGCGGCUUUGGUUGAAAUAGGCAACCUGGCUGACGAGUGCUCCUCCGUCCUUCACACCGAGAUAUCCCUGCACAAGACGGAGAAUGAGGCGCUAAAGAAGAGGUGUUAUUCACUGGAGGUCCAGCUGAGAGCAGCGAGGGAGGCACAGACCUAUCCUGCGCAUGUUAACAGUGUCGGCCGCCGGCACCCUGCAGAACAGCAGCAGCUUGCUCCAACCAUCGAUGGAGUUUUUGGAAAGGACUGGUGUAUGGACUUUUGGAGAGAAGAGAAACACCCAUCUCACAGAAAAGACACAAUGGAGCCUGCUGCUAUGACAAGCAUGGGAGUACAGGCAAUAGACUUGAUGGAGAGGGAACCUGAUCUCAUCUUUGUCAAGGAGGAGUCAUAUGAUGAUCAUCCCAUUGGCCAGCAGAUUAGUUUCACAGAUAACAGGAAAAUUGGAAUUUUUGAGGAGGACAGCAUGCUUCAUAGAUCUGUUGAUGAGCUGCAGCUUCACUCAGGGGACUUAAACAACUUCCCCAUGGCGGCUGACACUCAACCAGAACAACGCACACAGCCAACAAUUAUGGACAAGUUAAUAGAUGAUGCAACAAUGAGUACUCUGGUUGACAACACAAAUCCUCCUUCAGCCACUGCAGAAUACUCUGACUAUACGAAUGAUAUCCACAUGAACACAACCAAAGAACACACUAUACAGCCAAAACCUGUCAAGCCAACAAAAAGGUUUGAGUGCUUAUUCUGUGGGAAAAUAUUCAACUAUUUGAGCAGUUUAAAAGUUCACAUCAGGCGACACUCUGGUGAGAAACCGUUCAGCUGCUCAGUCUGCGGGAAGCGAUUUGCUCAGAAAACAUACCUGAAACUGCACCAGCGUGUGCACUCGGGGGAGAAGCCGUACAGCUGUCCAGACUGUGGCAAAAGUUUUUCCCAGAAAAGUUCUCUGAACAUACAUCUUCGAACACACACCGGUGAGAAGCCUUAUAGCUGUGUGGAUUGCGGGAAAUGCUACGCAUACAAGUACGGCUUAAAUCACCACCAGUGUUUCACUUGACUUCUCAAACAACCACAAGGAGAGCUUGGUUAUCAGUAAGAAGUCUGUGUCUCGCAACUGUGACCAGAAGUACUGUCAGUAAUCCUCAUAGUAGCUCAACAUGUGCCAAUGUGUCUUUAGGGAGCUUAAAUGUGGAUGAAAAUGUAGAUUUGAAAUACCCCAUCUAAAUCAAAGAAGAGCAAAUUUUUCCAGCCUAUAUGGUUAACAGUACUACUGUAAAAUCUUAGCUUGUUUCGUGUGUUUUUAAUUUUAGUGAUAGGAAAAAUACUGCAGCAGCCAAAUGAGGGUACAGAAAAUAGUUUCUAGCUUACCAUUUGAUUGGGUGGGAUUCGGUUUACUUGACUGGCCAGGGGGUAGUUCAUAAAUUGUUGAAUUCACUCAAUAAGCCUGUAAAGUCAGUUACAUAUUCUCCUUGAAAAGGAAAGGAUCAUGGAUCAGUCACAGCUGCUGAUCCAAGCUAUGAAAAAUGAUAAAAGACUUCCUUUUUUCCUCAUGCAUGUUGUCAUAUGAUUGGUGUAACAUGUUACACAUACCUCAGUGAACAUAUGCCAGGCUACAAAAGGCCUGACAAUGUCUGAUAAUGCCAAAAUUACUUUGGACAGUUGCUCCAUUGUUUGCACAUGUGUAGCAAAAACCUUCAAAACUACCUCUUCACAACGAAGUCAAACAAUUCCUUCUGUUUGCUUCACUGCCCAUGUCUCACCCCUGCUUUGUAUUUACCAUAUGCCAUGCCUCAUUUCUUUGACAUAUGACUGGGUUUGAAAGCAAUGUUGAUGUGUUUUGGUCAUAUAAUAUUCAUAUGAUUUAAACACAUUUUUCAGGUCUAAAUGGUAUUGCUGUUUUAAAAUGUAUUUGUAUGGCUGCUUCAUUAUUGUAGGAUGACAAGUUGUGUAGUCAUGUGCAGUCAAGCCAAAUUGUAGGUUGUUGUUUUUUUUUCUACAUGUUAACCAUUUCUUUUAAAAAAAUCAUAUGGUUUACUCUGUGCUUUCCUUUGCCAAAUCAUCAUCAGAACUGUCAUCACAUGAAAAGUUAGUUGUAAUAAGGUUGUGUUUUGCCUGUAAUAAUAUGAAUCCUUGAACACGCCACACUGACCUCACUAAACAAAUUCUCUGAGUCCAAGAAAGAAAUCUUGUGAUGUUGAUUUUUUUUCCCCACCCACACCUGCAUGCCCCUUAUAAUCAUAUACUGUAUGAACAAAAGCACUAAGAUGUGCUUUGUUCAGAUUGUCAAAGUUGAAUAUUAUAUUAAAGGCAACCUCAA